UCUCCUCAUCUCAAAACCUCAAACUUUCUUGCUUAAAUCUCACUUUUUUUCUCUCAAAUCAAACACAUCUUUUCACUACCCAUCACCCAGAAGACCAAACCAUCCUUAAACGACACAAAAGUCUCAAAACUUAACUUGGAAAAAAUGGCUCCUGAUAUCAGUACCAAUGGCACAACUACCUUAACCAAGAGGGCUAGCAUAUCUAGCUGUGCAUAUGUGACUUUCUUGGCAGGGAAUGGUGACUACGUGAAAGGCGUGGUUGGGCUGGCCAAGGGCUUGAGGAAGGCCAAUAGCAAGUACCCACUUGUGGUGGCCAUCUUGCCUGAUGUCCCGGAGGAUCACAGGAAGAUACUGCUGGAACAGGGCUGCAUAGUCAAGGAGAUCGAGCCUGUUUACCCUCCACAGAACCAGACCCAGUUCGCCAUGGCUUACUAUGUCAUCAACUACUCCAAGCUUCGUAUUUGGGAGUUUGUGGAGUAUAGUAAGAUGAUCUAUUUGGAUGGAGACAUUCAAGUGUUUGAGAACAUAGACCAUCUCUUUGACAUGCAAGAUGGCUACUUUUAUGCUGUGAAGGACUGUUUCUGUGAGAAAACAUGGAGCCACACCCCUCAAUACAAGAUUGGGUACUGCCAGCAGUGUCCUAACAAGGUUCAAUGGCCUGAGGAGUUGGGCCCUAAGCCUCCUCUCUAUUUCAAUGCUGGCAUGUUUGUGUAUGAGCCCAGCUUGUCUGUCUAUGAUGACCUCUUGAAGACCCUCAAAAUUACCCCUCCUACUCCCUUUGCUGAGCAGGACUUCUUGAACAUGUACUUCAGGGACAUAUACAGGCCAAUCCCACCAAUUUACAAUCUUGUUCUAGCCAUGUUAUGGCGCCACCCUGAGAACAUUGAACUUGAGAAAGUCAAAGUUGUGCACUACUGUGCUGCUGGGUCAAAGCCAUGGAGGUACACAGGGGAAGAAGAGAACAUGCAGAGGGAAGACAUAAAGAUGGUGGUGAAGAAAUGGUGGGACAUAUACAAUGAUGAGUCCCUGGACUACAAGAAUGUGGUGGCUCGUGGUCCAGUUGAACCUGGGUCGGAAGAGGUUAGGCUCCAGCCCUUCUUGGCUGCGCUGUCGGAGGCUGGUGUUGUCCACUACAUGAACGCCCCAUCGGCUGCGUAGUUCUCUGCUUGCUCCCUGUCCUUGAUCUACAUCCUAAUAUGGAGGACUUCAUAUAUAGUAGUGGUGGUUCAAGACUUUGUAUAGGAGAUUGUUUUAGUCUCCUAUUAAUAAUUUCCUAUAUGGGGACUCUCUUUCUUUCUUUUUCUUUAGUUUUUGGGGUCAUGGAUUUUUUCUUAUUGAACUGGCCAUAUGAAAUUAUUAUUUAGGCCAUAUUGAGGAGGUAUUUUUAAUCCUCCUGGGUUUCUGUACAUGCUGAAUUUAUAUAUGAACAAGAAGUAAGUUUUUUUUUUUUAGCUAUA